AUGCCUUAUAGGGAGGCCAAAAAUGGUGGAGAAGGCACAAAUGGUGUUUAUGUUUUGGGUGGAAUUGCAGCAGCUGUUUGUGGUCCAUGUUGUAGAGUAAUUCAAAAUCCUCCUGUUGUUGACUGCUUGCAGCCUGUUGUCAACAUAGUUCCAUUACAGGAAGUGUUGAAACUUGAUGAAGAGAUGAAAGAUCUUGCAAAGUCUUUGAUCUCAGAGCAAUCACUUCUCAUGUUUGGAGUAGCACACACCAGAUGGGCGACCCAUGGAGAACCAUCUCCAAGGAAUAGUCAUCCUCAAUCAUCUGGUGCUGGAAAUGAUUUCUUGGUUGUUCACAAUGGAGUUAUUACCAAUUAUGAGGUGUUAAAGCAAUCUCUUCUUCGACACAGGUUUACUUUUGAAUCUGAGACAGAUACUGAAGUGAUCCCAAAGCUUGCAAAAUUUGUUUUUGACAAAGCAAAUGAAGAAGGUGAACAAACUGUCAUGUUUAGUGAAGUUGUACUCGAGGUUAUGUGGCAUCUUGAAGGAGCCUAUGCACUUAUUUUCAAAAGCAGACAUUAUCCAAAUGAAUUGGUUGCUUGCAAACGUUGUAGUCCACUUCUUCUUGGUGUGAAAGAAUUUGUUGAACAACAAAACAAAGGAACAUCAUAUAAUGAUUUGAAGUUUAUUUCAACAAAUGGUCACCCAAAAGAACUUUUCCUAUCUAGUGACCCUCAUGCCCUUGUUGAACACACGAAAAAGGUCUUGGUGAUUGUGGAUAGUGAAGUUGUUCAUAUUAAGGAUGGAGGAGUGACUAUUCUCAAGUUUGAGCAAGGCAAGGGCAAAGACAAAGAGAUUCAUGAGCAGUCGGAAUCUUUAACGACCACCAUGAGGGGCCGCCUUAUACAUGGUGGUUCCAGCAACAGGAAGUGUGCUCUAAGGAUCAUUUGA